CCGUGGGCGUGCUACCAUGAAGGGCUGGUUCCUGUGGAGAGACGCUGAGAUCUGACUGCAGAACCUACGCCGACGCUCGGUUCGGGUCCUCUCCUUCCACCUUUUCCGUGAGCACCACAUUCCUAGUCCUUGCGCCCGGAAGCACUGCGAACGGACCGCGGGUGCGCUGGGUGACCGCGCGCGCACGCGUCCUCUCCUUAAAGUGGCAGAGGCUUUUAAGAUUGUAAACUCCAUGAAGACAGGAGCUGUAUCUUGUUUGGUCACCCCUGUAUAUUCUAGCAUAGUGACUGGUACAUGACUCUUCGGGAUGUCAACCUCAGUCCCUCAAGGCCAUACCUGGACUCGACAGGUGAAGAAGGAGGAUGAAGAAGUAGAUCCUCUGGACCAGCUCAUCUCCCGCUCUGGCUGUGCUGCCUCCCACUUUGCAGUGCAGGAGUGCAUGGCCCAGCACCAGGACUGGAGGCAAUGCCAGCCGCAGGUGCAGGCCUUCAGGGAUUGCAUGAGUGAACAACAGGCAAAGCGGCGGGAGGAGCUUCAGAGAAGGAAAGAACAAGCCAGUGCCCACCGCUGAGACCCCAAAUCACCUGUCCCAGAGGGUGGUCUUGCAGAAACCAGCACAUAGAUCAUGGGAGGAUGCCAUUCUAAAUGCUGGGAGUAUGGGCCAGGAGGUGUGAAACUGGGGGAUGGUCUUUGGGACUAGGGUAAAGAGCCAGACACCAUGAGUUUGGACAUGACUACCACACUGAGCUGCCACAUUUUAAUCGUCAGAUCUCAAACAUUCUCACCUUUCUUGUUCCACCACCAUUUGCCACGUAUAACAAAGAAUUGGGUGGGUAAAGGAAGCUCCCCCACCUACCUCUUGGGUCAGUGUACCAAGUACUAAGAUGAUUACAGGGACAUUUUGAUUUUAGAAAUAAAUUCACAACCUGAGGUUAAAUUAGUUACAUAAUCAGGUGUUCAUUUUUUCAGUCAUAAGUUCAAUAAUAGCACUGUGUUGGAAUGUGACCUCUGCCUUCAUGUUCCUUAGGGUCUAGUUUGAGAGUUGGAAAUAGUACUGGAACAACUAACUGAUUUCCAAAAGUGAUGUGAGUGCCUCUGUCUUUUUAUCACCUACUCUGGAUGUUAUAUUCCAUUUAGUACAGGAAGAAAGCAAACAUGGAAACCUAUUCAACAAAUAUUGAGUACCUGAUAUGUGCCAGACUCUGUUGAAGUAACAGAUGCAGAAUCUUUCCCCAACUCAACCAAUACGGAAAAUUUGCCUGAUAUUUUAAAAGUUAUGUUUGACAUUAAAAUACAAAUUUCCAGCUUUUGAAAACUGCAGACGCUGUCAACACAAAGCUUGUAUUCCUACUUAACUACAAAUAGCUGGUGCUGAAUAAUACUGCCUCUUUACAAGGGCGUGUGUCCUGUUCAUACUGUUGCCAUCACUUCUCACUCUUCUUCACUGAGACCACCCACUAUUACUCAAUAGCCCCUUAAGGCAUUUGGAAAGGGAGGGAGGUUGGGAGAGUGGCUCCAGCCAUAAAAGUUAGAAUGCUUUCAUCAUUAGUAAUAACAUAAUUUUUGAGUACCUACAUUUUAGAAACCUAAACCUGAAAUAUAGUAGGCCCUAAAAUGUAAACCUUUGUGUUGGUAUUUUUAGGGAAGAGGGAAAGAAGUGGGGAAAAGAUAUGAGGAGUUAAAGAAACAACAGAAUCCUAUUUUAGGCCAAAGGGAAUGAUCAGGCGAAUAUAUAAACAUGUAUUUUUGUAGAUCCAUGUGUGCCUCAAUGCUGUGGGUCAUUAAAGGGAACAAGCAGUGUGCUCUAGAGCUGUCACCAAGAAUCUCAAAGAAGAGGAAGGCGUUAGUGGAGUUGAGCCUUUAAAAAUGAUAGAUGGAAGGGGCUGGGGAUAUAGCUUAGUUGGUAGAG